UGUUUAAAAAAAAUAUUAAAAAAAAAAUUCCCUAGUGCCAAGUGUUGUUGUUUAUUACAAAAAAACCUAUUUCUCAUUUAAAUCACCCCCUCCGACAUCAUUCACUUAAAUAUGACAAAUUAUAAUCCAAAUUGUGGUUAUUAUGAGGAUUAUGGUUCCGGUUACUAUGCAACAGCCUCAACGGCUACCACAACAACGCUUAACAAUAAUAAUAAUAUUUAUCAACAACAUCAGUCGCAGCAACAACAACAACAUCAUCAUCACCACCACCAACAGCAACAGCAACAGGAUUACUAUAUGCCACAGGAUUAUGAAUACAAUAAAAAUGUUUAUGAUCUCUUCGAUGCCAAGGUACCCUCAUCGCAAAGAUCCUCCGGCUUUCACAUAUCGGAUAUUUUAAAUUUAGAACAAUCUGCCGAACUUAAAAACGGUCUAGUCCAUCCCCAUAGUCAGCAUCAUCUUCAUCAUCAUCCACAGAGCGGCACACAUGCCAAUGAUAUUUCCUCACAACACCCGCCCACCACCACCACCCCCGCCACCGAUGCCAAUAGCAAUCACUUGAGCAGCGCCUCAGUGGUGGGGUCCGUCUCUACAGUAGUUCCACCGACAACCUCAAAUGGCUCCAGCACCCAUGGGGAUCAUCAUGCGACUCACAUAGCAUCGGCACAAACACACAAUGCAUUGGUUGGCAACAACGGUUCUCAAGGUGAUGCAGUGGCAGCAGCAGCUGCUACAGCAUCAGCUCAAGCUGCUGCCCAUCUUUUGGCUAGUCAUCAUAAUGCAGCGGCGGCUGUGGCCGCAGCAGGACAAUAUCUACCCAAAGGUUUUGCCAAUGGCUUUCAAGACGAGAUGUCCUCGUAUCAUCAUAUGGCGCAUACAAUGUUAACGCAUACAGGUCGAACAGCGUGGAUGAAGGAGAAUGAUUUGUAUGGUGUUCAACAACCUGCCAGCCCCGACAGCACUUCCCCAGUUAAUUCAGAGGUCUCCUAUACCUACAUUGGAUCCAACUGUCAAACCUCCCCCGCCCUGUCGGGUGACUAUAAAACCUACAGCCGUUCAGCCGAUAGUGAUGCCCUCUCGGUGGGCGGAGGUGACAAUCAAACCAAUCUCCAUCAUCUGCAUCCCAGCAAUGGUCAUAUUCUAAAGUCAGGCAAUGAUAAUAAUAGUGGCGGUAAUAAUUCAUCAAAUCCCCAUGAUGACAGCCUCAUUGAAGAUGGCAUUGAAGAAGAAAUCGAUGAUGAAAAUGAUCAGGAUGGCAGUAAUACCGGCUCGGGGCCAGACGGUAUGCCGGGCAAGAAACGCAAACGACGUGUCCUCUUCACCAAAGCCCAGACUUAUGAAUUGGAGAGAAGAUUUCGUCAGCAAAGAUAUCUAUCAGCUCCGGAAAGGGAACAUUUGGCCAGUUUGAUAAGACUUACACCCACCCAGGUGAAAAUUUGGUUUCAAAAUCAUCGUUACAAAACCAAAAGAGCUCAAAGUGAAAAGGGGGUCUAUGAUCAACAUCCUGCGCUACAUGGUCAUCCGCAUCAUCCCUCAGCUUUGCCCUCACCGCGACGAGUGGCCGUGCCAGUGCUGGUGCGCAAUGGCAAACCUUGUCUAAGUGAUGGCACAAAAUUGCCACAGGAUUGUGUGGCAGCUCAAAUGCAAAAUGCGGCGGCAGCUCAUCAUCUGGUGUUGGCCAAUGGGGCGGCAUAUCAGCAUGCCGCAGCGGCGGCAGCUGUGGGCAUGCAUGCGGCCCAUGCUCAUCAAAGGGCCUGGUGGCAUUAGGCGCCUAAAGGCUCAAAACAAAAGACUAGCGGAAAUUAUUAGAAAAAUUUUCUUGUAGAAAAUUUAAAAAAAAGCCAGAGAGAGAGCUUCUGUAAAGAAAAAGAGAAAAAUGCUGCUGGGUGGCCAUUUCGAAAAGACAUUUGAAAAAGAAGCGAAGCUGACUUAGGGCCCCGCGUUUUUGGCAAAGUUGUGAGUUUUAAAAAUUCCCAACUGGUGUAUAAGGAACUUUCGUUGUCCCCCCUCCUCCUCCCCUCCUUGGGUAAACCAAAAAGCAAUAAAGCGCCAUCUAGAAGCGACUCGAAUAAACAUUGGACAAUAACCAAACAAAAAACAUUUUUUCCAAAUUAAAAAAAAUACAAAA